GUGUCUGGCCCAGGUGUAAUCAGAUGACUGCUCUAUAACUUUAUUUAUUGUGGGUCUGAAAUGGACAUUCAGUCCUCUGUGGCUGCUCAUAGGGCUGUCAGAGGGACCAGAGACAUUCCUUUCUAAGGAAUAGAUGGUUCUAGGCUUGGCUGUGAGGCUUUGAGCAAACCCCAUUGCCAUCUGUUCAGUGAGGAGGCAUGGAGCUGCAGUGUCUCCCUGAGGUCCUGGACCUGUGAUAGUCCAAAUUCUGCUUUGAGGAAUUAUGCGCUCUUCCCUUUUCCCAGGAGGUGUCAUCGUGUGGUACUAACACAAGUUCCCCUAUCCCCGGGGUACAGGCAGAGAGAGCAGCUGGUCCUAAAGAAGGAAGGGAGGGCUCACUCAGGGUGGAGCUUUGAGUGGGGGUGAUAGAGAAUGCUGGGCACAGUCAAGGGAGAGACAGACGGGGAGUUCAGGCCUUCAGCCUGCCCGCAAAGGAGGCUGCAGCCAUGGAUCCCCUCUCGGUAAGAGACCCUUGCUGCCCUCCCCGCCGCCUUCACCCCAGUCCCAGGGCUCACUGCCCACAGGGACGCAGGGGCAGCCUACCUGCCGGACCUGUAGUGGAUACUGCCGUGUGGGUGGGAGAGCCCCCAGCCCUGUCCUGGGCCUAGAAAGAAAGAGCAAUGAGGACGGCUGCCUGGCAGCAGAGCAGGACCAAACCGUGCCCAGGAGGAGAGAUGCCUUCCAGAGUAGGAGGCAAGUGAGAGCGCUAGGUGGAGGGGAACAGGUUAGGGGCCUACGAGGAGUCCUCUUCACAGAGGAAGGGCUUAGAAAGCCCAGCUUCAAGACCCUCCGUGUGGGCAUGUCUGGACCUGUCCUUCAGAGAGAUGAGCAGCUGGAAGAUGAAGUCAACAAGCUGGGAACUGGCUUCUAGGCAGACUGUGCUGGUGUGGGGUUAGGCUCCUAGUGUGGCCCUGACCACCUGGUCUGUAGGAUUUUCAUGAGAGUGGGAGUGAGCUGAUAACCCCCUCACACACACACACACACACACACACACACACACACACACACACACACUCUCUCUAGCCCUUUGCAGGCAUGAAUCUACAUAAUAAAAUGGUGAGCAAGGCGGUAUGUGUUGCCCACACGUGUUUGGGACAAGGCAGAUGUGAUAGCUGAUGACAAAGGGUUAGAGGUCAGAAGGUAGGUGAGGAAGGCCUCCAGACUAAGGGCUUUGGGAACUCAAGAGCACCCUCCUCUCCCCUCCUCCACCCAGACGCAGCCCAACUGGACUGAGAUUGUGAACAAAAAGCUCAAGUUCCCACCCACGCUGCUGGGGGCCAUCCAGGAGGGCCAGCUGGGUCUCGUGCAGCAGCUGCUGGAGUCAGGCAGCGACGCCGCCUCGGGGGCUGGGCCCCUGCGGAAUGUGGAAGAGUCCGAGGACCGCUCCUGGAGGGAAGCCCUCAACCUGGCCAUCCGCCUGGGCCAUGAGGCCAUCACUGACGUGCUCCUGGCCAACAUCAAGUUUGACUUCCGGCAGAUCCACGAAGCCCUGCUGGUGGCCGUGGACACGAACCAGCCAGCGGUGGUGCGCCGCCUGCUGGCUCGGCUGGAUCGGGAGAAGGGUCGAAAAGUAGACACCAAGUCUUUCUCGCUAGCCUUCUUCGACUCAUCAAUUGAUGGCUCCCGCUUUGCCCCUGGGGUCACUCCACUCACACUAGCCUGCCAGAAGGACCUGUAUGAGAUUGCCCAGUUGCUCAUGGACCAGGGCCACACUAUUGCCCGGCCCCACCCAGUUUCCUGUGCCUGCCUUGAGUGCAGCAAUGCCCGCCGAUAUGACCUGCUGAAAUUCUCAUUAUCCCGAAUCAACACCUACCGCGGCAUCGCAAGCCGGGCCCACCUCUCACUGGCCAGCGAGGAUGCCAUGCUGGCUGCCUUUCAGCUCAGCCGGGAGCUCAGGCGCCUUGCACGAAAGGAGCCCGAGUUUAAGCCUCAGUACAUUGCCCUGGAGUCGCUGUGCCAGGACUAUGGCUUUGAACUGCUGGGCAUGUGCCGGAACCAGAGUGAGGUCACCGCCGUGCUCAAUGACAUGGGUGAGGACAGUGAGACCGAGCCUGAGGCUGAGGGCCUGGGCCAGGCCUUUGAGGAGGGCAUCCCCAACCUGGCAAGACUGCGGCUGGCUGUCAACUACAACCAGAAACAGUUUGUAGCACACCCCAUCUGCCAGCAAGUCCUGUCUUCCAUCUGGUGUGGGAACCUGGCUGGCUGGCGUGGAAGCACCACCAUCUGGAAGCUCUUCGUCGCCUUUCUUAUCUUCCUCACCAUGCCCUUCCUCUGCAUCGGCUACUGGCUGGCGCCCAAGUCCCGGCUGGGCCGCCUGCUGAAGAUCCCAGUGUUGAAGUUCCUGCUGCACUCGGCCUCCUAUCUGUGGUUCCUUAUCUUCUUGCUGGGAGAGUCCCUGGCCAUGGAGACUCAGUUGAGCACCUUCAAAGGCCGCAGCCAGAGUGUCUGGGAGACUUCACUACACAUGAUCUGGGUCACGGGCUUCCUGUGGUUUGAGUGUAAGGAGGUGUGGAUCGAGGGCUUGCGCAGCUAUCUCCUGGACUGGUGGAACUUCCUGGACGUGGUCAUCCUCUCCCUGUACUUGGCAUCCUUUGCCCUGCGCCUCCUCCUGGCUGGGCUUGCCUACAUGCACUGCCAGGGGGCCUCAGACAGCCCCACCUGCCGCUAUUUCACCACUGCUGAGCGGAGUGAGUGGCGCACAGAGGACCCCCAGUUCUUGGCCGAGGUGCUCUUUGCUGUCACCAGCAUGCUGAGCUUCACCCGGCUGGCAUACAUCCUGCCAGCUCACGAGUCACUGGGCACGCUGCAGAUUUCCAUUGGCAGGAUGAUCGACGACAUGAUCCGGUUCAUGUUCAUCCUCAUGAUCAUCCUGACUGCCUUCCUCUGUGGCCUCAACAACAUCUAUGUGCCGUACCAGGAGACCGAGCAGCUGGGCAAUUUCAACGAAACGUUCCAGUUUCUCUUCUGGACCAUGUUCGGCAUGGAAGAGCACAAAGUGGUGGACAUGCCUCAGUUCCUGGUGCCCGAGUUCGUGGGCCGGGCCCUGUACGGCAUUUUCACCAUCGUGAUGGUCAUUGUGCUGCUCAACAUGCUCAUUGCCAUGAUCACCAACUCCUUCCAGAAAAUUGAGGAUGAUGCUGAUGUGGAGUGGAAGUUUGCUCGCUCCAAGCUCUACCUGUCCUACUUCCGGGAAGGCUUGACGCUGCCUGUACCCUUCAACAUCCUGCCCUCCCCGAAGGCUGCCUUCUACCUUGUCAGGAGAAUCUUCUGGUUCAUUUGCUGUUGCUCCUCCUGCUGCAAAGCCAAGAAGUCCGACUACCCGCCCAUCCCAACCUUUACCAACCCUGGGGCAAGGGCAGGGCCUGGGGAAGGAGAACAUGGAUCCUACCGCCUUCGGGUUAUCAAGGCUCUGGUGCAGCGCUACAUAGAGACUGCCCGGCGCGAGUUUGAGGAGGCCCGGAGGAAAGACCUGGGCACCAGACUGACAGAGCUGACCAAGACUGUGUCUCGACUGCAAAGCGAGGUGGCCAGCGUGCAGAAGACUCUGGCGGCAGGCGGGACACCUCGGCCCCCCGAUGGCGCUAGCAUCCUCAGUCGUUACAUCACCCGAGUGCGCAACAGCUUCCAGAAUCUGGGCCCCCCCACCCCUGAGACCCCAGCAGAGCUGACCAUGCCAGGGAUUGUGGAGACCGAGGUCUCUUUAGGAGCUGGCCUCGAUGUCAUCGGAGAGGCUGAGACUCCAGCGUCUGGAGAGCCCGGCCACUCCUCCCCUGCUGAUGUGCUGGUGCACAGGGAGCAAGAUGCAGAGGGGGCAGGGGACCUGCCCCUGGAGGAAGGCCUGGAGACCAAGUGUGACUCCUAACACAACAGGAGGGUCUCCUCUGUCACUGAGUGCAGCAGCCUUCUUGGAUAGAGCAAGGGUCUCAUAAGUAGAAGAUCAUGGUGUUUCUUUGCCUCAGUAAAAUUUCGGCUGUGGAAGUCAGGUAGCAAUCCCCACCUCUUGAUGUCCUAAGAUCCCUUCUUUGACUUCCCUCUAAAAUGAACCCCAUGUGAGAAGAGCAGAAACAGCUUGCUUUGGGAUCUAGAGUUUAGAAUCCUACUUUGGGGUUUCUUAGGUCUUUAGUAGAAAGAGUUCUGGCCUAGGAGGCUGGAGGCCUGAGA